CAUCUCUGUGAGGCCAAGCCAAUCUCUCUUUCUGGUUCUUCGUUUUUCUUCCUUUGUUUUUUCUUUCAUCGCUCGAUCGAUCCGAAAUGGCUCGUCUCACGGUGGGAGGGGCAGACGAAUACAGGCAACCCGACGCAAUGAAAGCCGCGCUCGCUGAAUUCAUCGGGAUGUUCUUGUUCGUCUUCGCGGGCGUUGGAUCGGCUAUGGCUUUCGCCAAGCUGGGAGGACCGAUUCUCACACCCGCUGGCCUGGUGCAAAUCGCGCUCGCGCACGGGAUCGCCCUCUUCGUCGUCAUCGCCGCCACCGCCAACAUCUCGGGAGGACACAUCAAUCCCGCGGUCACGUUUGGCCUCGCGGUUGGAGGCCACAUCACAAUCGCCAGGGGAGUCCUCUACUGGAUCGCCCAGCUCCUCGGGUCAGUGCUCGCGGCUCUCGUCCUCAAGUUCACCUUCCUCCACGAGGCUGUUCCUAUUCACGCCGUUGGAGCCCACGAAUCUGUGAUCUCCGCCCUGGUGAUCGAGAUCGUCACCACUUUCGCUCUUAUCUUCACGGUCUACGGCACCGCGGUGGAUCACAAGCGUGGAGUGGUCGGAACCAUCGCCCCCAUCGCGAUUGGAUUCAUCGUUCUCGCCAACAUCCUCGCGGCCGGGCCUUUCAGUGGCGGAUCCAUGAACCCGGCCAGAUCCUUUGGCCCAGCUCUAGUUACCUUCGACUGGACGAACCACUGGAUCUACUGGGUCGGGCCUCUCAUUGGUGGUGGCCUUGCAGGGCUUGUUUACAACGAGAUCCUCAUCACUCCACCACCUCCAGAGGAAUACUAGGAAGGAAUUUCUCCCCCUCCCCUGAAUCUUCUUUCGUGUUCUUGGUUUUCAAUGAUUUUGCAAAAGAGUUGGAAGUACCAAUUCCCAAACAAACCAUUAUGAUGA